AUGCCGAUUGAGAUUCGGAGAGAUGACUGCGUCCAUGUUUUGGAAGAGUACCGGCCGGAAAAGAGAUUGAUCAACAUCUGUGGAGUGUGGGAUCAGCACUGGACCGACGAGGACACAGUGUUCGUUGCUGGUACAUCAUACCAAAGACGGUUAACAUCGUUGCAAUUGAUCGAGGAGGAGGGUUGCCGCUUUAAUAAUUGGGCUCCUGAUUGGUUGACUGGUCUCUCUCCUGGACUUCAGAAAUUGGCACAGCAAGACUUUCAUAAGAGCUUUUAUUGA